AUGGCGGGCGGGGGCGGGGCUUCCGCGCGCGCUCUCCGGGCAGGGCAGCUCGUUAGCGCGCCUCCUCCGCUCUCCGGAGCGACCUCUGGCGGCUGGACGGAGGCCUGCAGCAGCCCGCGGGCGCCUCCCUUCCGUUCCUGGCUGGUGCGGAGGCGGCGCCUCGAUGGUGUCUUUACUCUUCCCGAUCCCGGGCCGCCCAAGGGGCUCUCUACCCCACGGACGCCGCUUUUUGCCAAAGGGCGCAGACGGACCGCUGAACGCAACCCAGGGCGGCUUGGGAACGCGGGCAGAGUCCGGGGCGCGCUCCGUCUGCUCGAGCCAGCAGCCACCGAACGCCAGGAGCGGCGCGGGGCAGGAGGGAUGCCCGCAAGGCAGGGGCGGCUCUGUUCUCCCGGCCCCGUCGCGCCCCGGGCAGACCGGCCGAGCCCGCUCCCUUCCCAGCGCGCGCGAAGGCGGCGCCCGGCCUCCCUCCCUUCCCUCGGCCCCAGCAGACGCCGCCUCCGCCCCCGUGGCCCGCCGAGCCUGCCCUGCCCUUCCGCGGAAGAGGGAGCGGGACGCCCAGGGUCGCUUCUGGGAAGCCGCGGCCGGCGGGGUUCGGGGCGGCUGCCCGCGCCAGCGGCGAGGACCGACGGCGCGUCCCGAGCGGCGAUGGGUUCGUGGCGGAGCGUGGCGGCGGCGGCGGGGCUGCUCUGCCUCCUGUGGCACCUUGCGUCUUCAAAGGAUGUCCAGGUAGACUGCUACAACGAUUAUGUCACUACACUGGUUUGUCGCUGGAAGGUGGAUGCCAUCACCAACUGCACCGCAGAGUUUAAAGUACUCUACCAGAGACUUUUUUUUGCAGAGAAUCCACGGGAGUGCCCUCUGAAGAAAGUGCAGGGCCACAGGAGUGCCCCCUGGUGUGUUUGCGUGAUUCUAGCAGACAAUUUCAGAAGAGCCAGGUAUAACAUAUCGCUGGCCAGGACAGAGAACAAUGCCAAGGUCUGGAGCAACGAGAGCUUGGAUAUGGACUCAGUUGUGAAGCCCAGGCCCCUGAUCAACCUGAGGGUCGAGAAGAAUAAGAAGGACCGCACUUUCAUCCUUACCUGGAAGAGGGAUUACAAUGACUCGAACCCACUUCAAAACAUUGCAGCGAAAUACGAGGUUGCCUAUUGGCCCAAAAACCAUACCGAACAGAUAAUCAAUGUUCCAGAGGACUCAUCCCGUCAUAUGAUCUUCGCGGACAAGCUCCGUUCAGACUCCACCUAUGAAGCGAGUGUGCGCUAUAAGUUGAAAUACUGGACGGAACCCUGGAGUGAGUGGAGUGCUACAUGUGAAUGGCUCAAUGAUUUUGAGCCCAGCUCUGAAAAGCAAUCCUGGACGUCCAUUCUUUGGUUGUGCAUGAUGAUCAUCAGUCUCAUUCUCUUCUGCUACCUCUGUCUCCUGUGGGUGAAGAGGAAAUGGUGGGACGUGAUCCCAAGUCCACGCAAGAGCAAAAUGGCAGAGGAUAUAACAGCGGGAAAAUGGCUUUGGGUUUUCGGCAAGAUGGAGACGGCUCCCUACAGACGGCCUUUUCCCAGCAAAGGUGGUGCUGAUCUCCCUCGCCAGCCUCUCAGUGUGAACAGGGAGCCCUUUCUAAUCCCCGAAGAAGUCUUCCUGAGCAAAGGCUCUCUAACCACAGACAGCAGUGCUGGAGGUGUCAAACCAGGAAGCCCGGAAGAGGCAGAGGAAGAGACGGAGCAGGUCCCACACGAAGACGCUGUGGCCGGUCUCUUCAGAGACCUUCUGCGUGGCGUCCUGAGCAUGGGUGAUCCAGGCCCCCCGACAACCUCCGCCCAAAGCUGCUCUGCUCCAGAGAAGCCCGCCUGCCUGCAGGGUCUCUGCCAGCCGGCUUAUCAAGCCUGCCGAGUGGAGCCUGAGGGCUCUGGGCUGGAGCUGCCUUUGUCAGGGCGAGGCCCAUAUGCUUCCGAAGGACACGCCGACUGGCUGCCCGGGCUGGAGAGCUCGCCGGCGGAUCCCUCCUGCGCUACCCUCCCUCAGGCAAAGAGCAGCCCUGCUGCCCCCUCGGCCCCGGGCUACAAGUCUUUCAGCAGCCUGGAGGCUCAGCCGGUGAGCGGCUUCUGCCCGGCCUGGAGUCAGUGGCCUUGUCUUGCCCCAGAAGACCAAAGCCAGCAGGCCUGGGGCAGCACCAAGCCCGGCCUUCUUCCGCUGCCAGACACUUCUGGAGGCUUCCCAGCAGGUCAAGACUCCUUCCCCCUUUAUGGAGCAGCUGCCCGGGGAAUGUGGCUUUUCCCUGCACAGCAAGGAGAGGCUUUGGCAGCUUCUGCUCUGCGGGCCUCUGGAGGGCCUGAGAGCCUGCCUGGUCCAAAGGCUGCUUUCUUCUCCAGUUACCGGGCCUUCAACUGUGCCCUCCAGAGCAGCCUCGCCUCCCCGGAGUUGUCUAUGGAGCCCGUCUAGAAGCCUUUCCUCUGGGGCAUCGAAGAGAGGCUUCUUGGGGGCAGGUAACUCAGUAAGGACAAAGGGAGAUAAACGGAUGUUGCACCUUUUCAGAUAAAAGCAAAUUAAGCCCACUGCUGAAAUUUCCUCGCUUCACAAUUUUCAGCUUUCUGUGGACUGUCAACAGGGAAUGUGGGUGGUGGGUCAGGCAGCCUACUUCGUGGGGUGUAUCUUCCCCGGCUUGUGCCCCUUCCCAAUUGCAGGCCUUCCUAGAGCCAUGGCUACAGAAGGGUGAUGCCCCUUGCUCUGGAAAGCGGCUGCUGUGGGCACCUGGCUCGAGCCAUCCCCACCCUGGCUCUGCAUUCCCAACCUCAGCUGUGAGUUGAACCUCCAAGACCUUCAUCCCUCCAGUAGGCCUUCCUUACUCUUCCUGCAGUUGGAGAUCCACAGGCCACAGCCAGGAGGGAAGGGCGGGCUGGAGCGAGGGUCCUCCUGGAGGGAUCCUUCGGGGUCCUGCCUGGAGGGGGAAGCAAGCGCUGGGGCCUUUCAGAUCUUGGCAUGAGGAGUGCAGUGCAGCUCAGGGCUUCCUCUUCUCUACCUGAAGGAGGUGACCUGCUGUCCAGGGGUUAGAGAAGCCACACAGGCAUUGCAGAAAGGAACCACUUCGGCCCAACGGGACUAACCUGCCUUACUUGCUCCGGCAGGCGGGGCUUGCUGCAGACCCCGUGGGUCAAGGAGCUUCAGCUGGCGGGGUCCAGGAGAAGGGCCUUUUCUGCUAUGCCCCCCCCCCUUGGAACAUCGUGCCUCUGGAGGGGAGAGCCAUCCCCAUCCGCCUGUCCUCCCAGAAGAACCUCAAAGCCUGGCUCAGCUGGUUAGCUUGAGGCCCCAAUGGGGGCCUUGCGCACUGGAGGUGGGUGGUGGACGGAGAGAAGACCCCACAUUCCUGCUCUUGGUUUUCAGUCUUUUCCUAUUUCUUAUUAAUGGUUUAUAUGACUUCAUCGCAUUGCAAGCUGCCCAGAGUCUCUCUGGAAAGUGAGAUGGGUGGCAUAAAUUUAAUAAAUAAAUAACUGAAUAAACAAA